CUUUUAAACGCUUGAUGCAAAAGAGAAAUUCUCUACAAAUAAUAAGCGUACAUUUGAUAGAGAUCUCGCACAUGUCACCGGCUCUACAAAAAAUAGAAAGAUGGCAGAAGCAAUGAGAGCUAAUGUUGCUGCUUUAUUGAAAGGAAUAGACAGGUACAACCCAGAAAACCUAGGAACAUUGGAGAAGUAUAUACACAUGCAAGCACAAGAAGGAACCUAUGACUUGGAGGCCAAUCUUGCAGUGCUUAAAUUAUACCAGUUCAAUCCCAUGCACUACCAGACUACAGUUGCAUGCCAGAUUCUACUCAAGGCCCUCACAAAUAUGCCACAUACUGACUUUACAUUGUGCAAAUGUUUAAUUGAUGCAGUCAGACAUGACGAAGAACCCACAGCACAGGUCAUGAAUCUAGCUCAUCUGUUGGAAACCUGCCAGUUUAGAGAAUUCUGGGGAGCCCUGAGAACCAACCCUGACCUGACUGCCAACAUAAGGGGGUUUGAUGAUUCCAUAAGAAAAUUUGUGUGUCAUGUGAUAGCAGCAACAUACCAGACAAUACCUUCAGAUCUGUUGAAAGAGCUUCUAGGAGAUAUUCCAGAAGAUCAGGUCCAGCAGUGGAUUAACAAAUAUGGCUGGAAACUCCAGGAAGAUGGGAAUGUGUUCAUUGUCAAUCAGGAGGAGAACAUCAAAACGAAAAACAUCACAGAGACCAUUACAUUUGAAAGUGUUGCAGGCAUCAUGGCCCAUUGUCGAUGAUCAGAGAUUGAGACUUUUUAUUUAAAACUGUCACUGUCAUUAACCUCCUGUUUAUACUUGUACAUGUACAGUGUACAUGCAUGUGCAAUGUAAACAUUAUAUUUAAAAAAUAAAAACAUG